GCAGCCCGGAGGGCGGAGGACGCCGCGCAGUCCCAGCUCGCUUCAAAACAGCCGGCGCCUCGCCCCACGCGCACCCCGCCACUGUGUCCAGACGCUCGUGCCCGGUUUGGACUUGUCUCUCGCCGUCUUUGUCUCCUCAUCCCUCUUUGGACUUCCCGCUGCCCCCUUGGCCUUCACUGCCCUGUGAACAUGUUGGUGAUUCUCGCCUUCAUCAUUGUCUUCCACAUCGUGUCCACGACACUCCUGUUCAUUUCUACCAUUGACAACGCCUGGUGGGUAGGGGACAGCUUCUCCGCUGACCUCUGGAGAGUGUGCACCAACAGCACAAACUGUACCGAAAUCAAUGACCUGACUGGCACUGAUAUGUUUGAAGGUUAUUCCGUGAUACAGGCGGUGCAGGCCACCAUGAUCCUCUCCACCAUCCUCUCCUGCAUCUCCUUCCUCAUCUUUCUGCUUCAGCUCUUCCGCCUCAAGCAGGGAGAGAGGUUUGUCCUGACGUCCAUCAUCCAGCUCAUGUCCUGUCUUUGUGUCAUGAUCGGGGCUUCCAUCUAUACAGAUCGGCGCCAAGACCUUCACCAAAACUACAAACUCUACCUACUGUCAGAAGGCAGCUAUGGCUACUCUUUCAUCCUGGCCUGGGUGGCUUUUGCCUUCACUUUCAUCAGCGGCCUCAUGUACAUGAUCCUGAGGAAGCGUAAAUAAGUGUCAGAAGCCUGGCCACUCUCCCACAGGGUGGCACCCACGGUCACAUAACCAUUUUGUAUAUAAUCAUUUUUUGUGUUUUUUCUAGCAAACAUAUUGUUUCCUUUAAAAGCUUUUAUAAAGAAGAAAAAGAAGAAGAAGAAGAAGAAGAAGAAGAAGAAGAAGAAGAAGAAGAAGAAGAAGAAGAAGAAGAAGAAGAAGAAGAAGAAGA